UGUUGGUCCAUACUGUGUCUGACUACCACAGUGAGAGAGAGUUUGUCAUGCAAACACCAGGCAGAGAUUUUAACCAUCAAAGUGGUCACAACUUCUAUGCAGACAUGGUGGACACCCAGCAGCUCCUAGCCUGGCCUGUCGGUUUCAGCUUGAACGCUGUGGACCUGUCCGAGCUGGAAGACAACUCCCACUCCCACGACAUGAAGCAUUUGUCCACGUUAGACUACGCCUCCAUCUCCUCUUCCUCCAUUCAGUCCUCCCUGUCUCCCUCGCUCGUAUCCUGCAUCUCCCCCGCUGGUAUGCCCUAUGACCCCAGUCCUCCGCAGAGCGAAGAACACCUGACCAACAUGGACUACACAAACAUGCACAGCUACAGGAUGGAGCUGGACACACACAACUCAAUCAAGGUGGAGCCGGAGUCGCCUCCGCAGUUCUCUGACAGUCCCGUGUUCUCCAAGCUUCAGGACGACACGCCAGUGGCAGCGUUAAACAUCGAGUGUCGCGUGUGUGGAGACAAAGCUUCAGGGUUUCACUAUGGCGUCCACGCCUGUGAGGGCUGUAAGGGUUUCUUCAGACGCACUAUCAGGUUAAAGUUGGUGUACGAUCACUGUGAUCUUCACUGUCGGAUUCACAAGAAGUCCCGCAACAAAUGCCAAUACUGUCGCUUCCAGAAGUGCCUCAAUGUCGGCAUGUCACACAACGCCAUUCGUUUUGGCCGGAUGCCGCAGGCAGAGAAGGAGAAACUGCUGGCUGAGUUCUCAUCUGACAUGGAGCACAUGCACCCUGAGGCAGCAGAUCUGAGGGCUCUCUCCCGGCAUCUGUACGAGGCAUAUCUGAAAUACUUCCCCCUUACCAAGGCCAAGGCCAGGGCCAUCCUCUCUGGGAAGACCGCAGAUAACGCGCCUUUUGUCAUCCACGACAUGAAGUCUCUGCUGGAAGGAGAGCAGUUUAUUAACUGCAAACAGAUACCAACCCCAGAGCACCAGCAGCAGAUGUCUGCUCUGACAGUCGCACAUGGAGGUCUCUCAGGAGCUCACCAAGGUUUAGAGUGUAACAUUUUGGAUGCUGUGGAGCUGCGUUUUUUCCACAGCUGCCAAUCACGUUCAGCUGAAGCAGUGAGAGAAGUGACAGAGUUUGCCAAGAGUAUCCCAGGGUUCAUUGAGCUGGAUCUCAAUGAUCAGGUGACUUUACUUAAGUACGGCGUGAUUGAGGUCUUAAUCAUCAUGAUGGCACCUCUGAUGAACAAAGACGGGACCCUCAUCGCGUACGGACAGAUCUUCAUGACGAGAGAGUUCCUCAAGAGUCUCAGGAAACCUUUCUGUCAAAUGUUGGAACCAAAGUUUGAGUUCUCAGUAAAGUUCAACACGUUGGAGCUGGAUGACAGCGACAUGGCGUUGUUUCUGGCUGUCGUUAUCCUCAGCGGGGAUCGCCCAGGCCUGCUGAACGUGAAGCCGAUUGAGCAGCUCCAGGAGACAGUUCUUCACGCACUGGAGCUGCAGCUGAAGCUAAACCACCCAGACUCUCUGCAACUGUUCGCCAAGCUGCUCCAGAAAAUGACCGACCUGCGUCAGAUCGUCACCGACCACGUCCACCUCAUCCAGCUGCUGAAGAAGUCGGAGAUGGAAAUGUGCUUACACCCACUGCUGCAGGAGAUCAUAAAGGACUUGUAUUAGAAUUCAACAGAAGGGAAAGGACAAGUAGAGAAAAGAAGGAAGGAAAGAAAGAGGGAAUAAAGAGAUUUUAUUUUUGAAAUCAUGACUUGUGAAAUUAGAUGAGAAAGCACUUUUUGUGCUGCUGGUGUGUUUGAAAAAAAAAAAGAGAGAGAGGGAGGUAGCCAGACAGGCUGACUGAAAUUGAGAAAGAGAUGGGGGGGGAGAAUCAAGGAAAGGAAGACAAAAUCUGUGUUAGAUCUGGUCUAGACAGCAGUAUGUGAAUAACUUGUGGUGCACAGUCAUUUAGCCACUGCUGAGCCUGGAUAUUUUGUGAUUGACUAGGCUGCCAACUUAAACACAAAACUACCACCUAUUGCAACAAUCGGGACGAGCAUCUAUGACUCAGUGAAAGAGAGGGGACUUUCUUAUUGGCAAGCUGAAGCUUAAAAUCACGAGCGCUCUACACAGCCUGCUUUACGUGCCCAAAAGAGAAAUAUAUAACUGUGAAUAUUCUACACCAUGUGUCACACAGUACAGUGUGCGUCGUUCAUGUGCAGCUUAUCUAUCAUGUUGCGUUACAACCGUCAUAGGCAGCAGCUAUGUGUACGUGCUUCAGUACCUCUGCGAACACGCACAAAUGCAUGAAUGCUCACACACACACACACACACACAGACAAUAUCAGCAUCAGGAGAAAGGUGCUAUCGCUUGUUAAUCAGCUUCAUCCAAAGACAGAAAUCAAGAUUAUCGCCUGUAACAUAUUUUAGUGUCUGUCCUGUACAAACUGUGAGAAAGUGUGAAGCAACAAAGGGCACAUUAUGAUGUCGAUGUCAGCUUUUUAUGAACAAUGAAACAGUAUACGCCAUGUCGUGCCUUCAGUUUUUUUUUUCUUUUUGAUGUUUUUUUUUUUUUGUGAAAUUAAUGCCACCUAAAAAAAACCAUUAGAUGUAUUACACAUGUAUGAUGUAUAAUAUAUAUUCAUGUAUAUUAUUUUUGUAUGGAUGAAAUUGCCUGACAAACACAAUUGGCUAUGAGGAUCUGAGUUUUAUUUCAAAAUCUUGAAAAAGAAGUGGUUGAGGUUUACUAUGAAAUCAUUUUGUAUACAUAUCUGCCAUGUCUGGUCAAUCAGAUGGUUUUUUUCUGUUUUUUUUGGAAGGGGGUCAGCAGACAAAGGGAUUGGAUUAACAGGGGGGCGGGUGGGAAUAAAUUUGUUGUAAAUAAAAUAUUUUCUAACUUUUUAUUUGAAA